GACAAAUCGCCAGUUUAAAUGACUAAUAAGACCAUAAUGAAGCUCAGCAGGGGGUGGGCUAGUACACAUUUCGUCACUGGGUACGACCCUCCUUAUCCCCACUUUGCCAAAACGAAACGACAUGCUUAGCCAGUACCUAUUUAAGGGUGGUUGUUAAAUCUCUGUGUUUAUUUCAAAGUGAGUGCUGUGCCAAAAUAUCGUGUCGAACAUUGCUAGUAGUCUUCGAAAAUGAAUCCGGAAAUGGUCGUAGUGGAUAGACCUGUUCCUCGGGAGUAUUUUUACAGUGAUCCUUCUCCGGGUUGUCCGGUCGAGAAGGCCGAAGUUCGGCUGGUUAACAAGGACUUGUGGGGACAGUUUCACAAUAUAGGAACGGAGAUGAUUAUUACGAAGCUUGGAAGAAAUAUGUUCCCCCACUUGGUGGUUAAAAUCUCCAACCUCGAUCCAAAGGCCCACUACUGCGUCUUCCUCGAGAUGGCCCUAUCCAACCGUUGUCGCUUCAAAUUCUCCUCCGCCGGCGGUUGGUCCCCAGCAGGCCAGGAGGAAUCCCAAAGCUCUGAACGCAUCUACAUGCACCCGAGCUCACCCGCCCUUGGAAGCUUCUGGAUGGAGGAGAACGUCUCCUUCGCCAAGAUUAAAAUCACCAACGCCUGCAAGGCGCCAUCGGGACAAUUGAUUCUGUCCUCCAUGCACAAGUACCAACCCAGGAUUUUCCUGGUCAAGCACCCCAAUCCUCAAGCCCUGCGCUGGGGUCCCACCAAGAGCAUUGUUUUCCCUGAAACGCAAUUCAUUGCUGUUACGGCUUAUCAGAACGAGAGGGUUACGAAACUCAAGAUUAAUUACAAUCCUUUUGCGAAAGGGUUUCGGGAGAACGGGAAGUCGCAUAGUAAGAGGAAGCAAGGGAGUGAGGCUCCGGAUUCGCCUAGUAGUAAGAGAAGCGCGACGCCGUCGCCGCCGCCCCCGGAGAUGGUGGAACGGGAUGAGGUGGAAAGCCAAAGAAGAGCGAUGUCGGUUUAUUCGCUUUAUGACAGAUAUUAUUAUUCGCCGUAUCCGAUAUAUCCCCAGUACUACUGGCCGCCUACAGUUCCUGUGUAUUAUCCGUACUCAUAUAGGGCUCCCGCGUAUUACGUAAAUAGGCAGGAAGAAGUUAAAAAACCAAAGAAAAUUACAGAUUUUUCGAUUAAUGGAAUUAUUAAUAGUUGAGUGUGUGUUGAUUGUAAAACGCAGUUAUAAUUCACAGUUAGAACUGGUGAAAAUUCAUUAUUUGAAAACCGCAACUAUAUUUUUAGACGAUUAUUUGGUUUGACGGAUAAAUAUAACUGCGUUUAUUUAGUUAUUUAUUUCAGGUUUACGUAACUGUGAUACUAAGCU